CUCAAUCUCGAGGGCGGAGACAGUCCAGGCCCCGCCCCACGGACGCUCUGGCCCACAGAGGCGCCACUCUGUGGUGUGUCGGGUUCUCUCUGGCCUUGCCUGGAGGACUGUACUCGUUUACUUUUCAGGCUGUAAGGGGCUCCCGGCAGCCCCGGUUGAGGUGGAGGAAAGAUGGCGGCAGCCGUGCGCCAGGAUUUGGCUCAGCUCAUGAAUUCCAGCGGCUCUCAUAAAGAUUUGGCUGGCAAGUAUCGUCAGAUCCUGGAAAAAGCAAUUCAGUUAUCUGGGGCAGAACAGCUAGAAGCCUUGAAAGCGUUUGUGGAAGCAAUGGUAAAUGAGAACGUGAGCCUUGUGAUUUCACGACAGUUGCUGACAGAUUUCUGCACACAUCUGCCUAGCCUGCCUGAUGGCACAGCCAAAGAAAUCUAUCACUUUACCUUGGAAAAGAUCCAGCCCAGAGUCAUUUCAUUUGAGGAGCAGGUUGCUUCCAUAAGGCAGCAUCUUGCGUCUAUAUAUGAGAAAGAAGAAGAUUGGAGAAACGCAGCCCAAGUGUUGGUGGGAAUUCCUUUGGAAACAGGACAAAAACAGUACAAUGUGGAUUAUAAACUGGAGACCUACCUGAAGAUUGCACGACUGUACCUGGAGGACGAUGACCCCGUGCAGGCCGAGGCCUACAUAAAUCGAGCAUCGCUGCUGCAGAAUGAGUCAACCAAUGAACAGCUACAGAUACAUUAUAAGGUAUGCUAUGCACGAGUUCUUGAUUAUAGAAGAAAGUUCAUAGAAGCUGCACAAAGGUACAAUGAGCUCUCUUACAAGACAAUAGUCCAUGAAAGUGAAAGACUAGAGGCCUUAAAGCAUGCUCUGCACUGUACCAUCCUUGCUUCAGCAGGACAGCAACGUUCUCGAAUGCUCGCUACUCUUUUUAAGGAUGAAAGGUGCCAGCAACUUGCUGCUUACGGAAUUCUAGAGAAAAUGUACCUGGAUAGGAUCAUCAGAGGAAAUCAACUUCAGGAGUUUGCUGCUAUGCUGAUGCCUCACCAGAAAGCAACCACAGCUGAUGGUUCUAGCAUCUUGGACAGAGCUGUUAUUGAGCACAAUUUGCUGUCUGCAAGCAAGUUAUACAAUAACAUUACCUUUGAGGAACUCGGAGCUCUUUUGGAGAUCCCUGCAGCUAAGGCAGAAAAAAUAGCAUCUCAAAUGAUAACAGAAGGACGCAUGAAUGGAUUUAUUGAUCAGAUUGAUGGAAUAGUUCACUUUGAAACCCGGGAAGCCCUGCCAACCUGGGACAAACAGAUCCAGUCCCUGUGUUUCCAGGUGAAUAACCUCUUGGAGAAGAUCAGCCAGACAGCCCCGGAGUGGACAGCGCAGGCCAUGGAGGCGCAGAUGGCCCAGUGACCCCGCGGAGUGUCUGCAUUGCACACUACACGUUCCUCUUCACGCAGGGCCGUUUCAUUUCUCUCUCCAAAGCAUUUGCAUCGCGACCUUAGACAUUUCAACCCCUUUUAUGCUGGAUUCCCUUUCCAGAUGGUAUUAGAACAGGAUGUACAAGCAUUGAAAACAACAUAGUUUCCAUGUAUUCUGGGUCUCUGUGCAUUAAAAACGGAUGUUUUGAAGGUUUUUUUUUUUAAUGGAGUGGGUGAAAUGCCUGUGGCUAGAAAGUUUGGGCUUUGUGAUAACUUUGUAGUCAUGUAAAAUUUAAGUGCUUUGUGCCUCUCCAAAUGUGAUUAUUCUAAUAAAUCGAGAGAUGAGCCAAA